AAGGAGCCACCACGCGCCCAUGAGCCCCGGGAGCAGCAGCGGCGGUGGGGGGCAGCCGCUCGCCCGGACCCCUCAGCCAUCCAGUCCAAUGGAUCAGAUGGGCAAGAUGAGACCUCAGCCAUAUGGCGGGACUAACCCAUACUCACAACAACAGGGACCUCUGUCAGGACCACAGCAAGGACAUGGGUACCCAGGGCAGCCAUAUGGGUCCCAAACACCACAGCGGUACCCAAUGACCAUGCAAGGUCGGACGCAGAGUGCCAUGGGAGGCCUCUCUUAUGCACAGCAGAUUCCUCCUUAUGGACAACAAGGCCCAAGCGGGUAUGGUCAGCAGGGCCAGACUCCAUAUUACAACCAGCAAAGUCCCCACCCCCAGCAGCAGCAGCCACCUUACUCCCAGCAACCACCAUCCCAGACCCCUCAUGCCCAAUCUUCAUAUCAGCAGCAGCCACAGUCUCAACCACCGCAGCUUCAGUCUUCUCAACCUCCAUAUUCCCAACAGCCAUCCCAGCCUUCACAUCAGCAAUCCCCAACUCCAUACCCUUCUCAGCAGUCUACAACACAGCAGCAUCCCCAGAGCCAGCCCCCUUACUCACAGCCACAGGCACAGUCUCCCUACCAGCAGCAGCAACCUCAGCAGCCAGCAUCCUCGACGCUCUCCCAGCAGGCUGCAUAUCCUCAGCCUCAAUCUCAGCAGUCCCAGCAAACUGCCUAUUCCCAACAGCGCUUCCCUCCACCACAGGUAAGAUCCCCCUGCCUCCUUCUCUGA